AUGGGGUUGAACAUCUCCAAGAUGCUUACCUUUAGUAGAGCUCCAUUCUAUGGCAUCGUCCAGGGAAACACGGCUACACCACUUGGUUCAGUGGUCCUGCCAGUCACAUUCGGAACGAAAGACAACUACCGCACGGAGUACAUCAAUUUUGAGGUGGCUGACUUCGAGUCGUCAUACCACGCCAUCCUCGACAGACCAGCUUUGGCCAAAUUCAUGGCCGUGCCUCACUACAUCUAUUUACUACUCAAGAUGCUAGGCAAGGCAAGUAUACUCACUUUCCAUGGUGUCUUGAAGAAAUCGUACAACUGCGACCAAGAGGCGAUCGAGUACACCGCGACAUCAAGCGUGCCAGAACCUUCUGCGGAAGUCUGCACGGCCGCGCAAAAUCUCACUGACUCAGAGAUGGAGAUUCCCAAUCAAAGGCCUAGCUAG